UGGGCAAUGCUCUGGUUUGUUUCGAUCAGUAUGCAAAGCUGAUAACUGGAGAGAGAAAGCCGCUAUAGUUUGAAGUUUUGGCGGUUGAAAAGUGGACUAUUCUCAACUAUAUUAAAAGAAACAGUCUUUAUAUAUUUAUUUAGCUAUAAAUAUAUCUCGUGCAUGUAUUACUCAAAACAACUUCAAACAGUAGUCUUUUUCCACUUAAAAUAGCUAGCUAGCUAGCAGUUUCCAAGCUAGCUAAGUUAGCUGACUAGUAGUGGCGUUGCAAACAGUAGAGCGAAUCUGGAGUUGGUCAUAAUUGAACUUCUUUCUGGACGGAGUGGAAAACAAGCAGGUGAACUGGAGCCAGCGGGCCCAAAAUGACAGAGAGCUUCCACAACAUUGAAGAUGAGCCCUUCCCCAGCUUCCUGUCGGCCUCGCUCGGUAGCGGCAACGGCACUCUGGGGAACGUGACACUGGGCUCCAGGCUGGGGGUGCCCGUGGCCGCCUCCACCGUGGCUAAAAUUAGAGCCGGAGCUGACAACAGGAUAUCUGAUAUCCAGGCAUCUUAUCUGGAGGAUGGGCAGCUCUCGCUGGUCAACUCUCAGCCCUCCAGUGGACAGAGGGGGAAGUUCGCCCUGAGUUUCAAAGAUGACCUGGAUGGUGCGGACGACUUCAUUGCUGCUCACCGUUUGUCAGACAUGCUGGUUAAAAUCCACCUGGAUGAGGGGGAGUCCACUGCCAGGCUCAAAGCGCCCCCACAGGGCUCUCCCCUGCAGGCAGACCCCCCUGCCCAGCGUGCUUCUGAGCACGGGGACGACCUGUCAACUGGACUAAUUACGUUUUCUCACCUGGGAGCUAGAGAUGUCACGGAUAUGAAGGGUAAACACGCUCUCCCCGAGGUGCAGGAGGAGGGCUCGGCCAGCGACAGCGACCGCCUCAGCGGCAGCGUCUCCAGUUUUGUGGCCAAUGAGAAGCUCCUGUCCGUGUACAGCCUGAACAGCGACGCCACAGACGAUGACAUCGACGUGGACCAGCUGCAGGACGACGAGCUGGAGCUGUACUUCAACAAGCUGGUCCCGCCCGCCAUGCAGAGGGGGCGGGUCGAGGGGCAGGAGAUCCCUCCCACUGGGCAGACUGGAAUUGCGGAAAAUUCAUCUCACCCGGGCUCUGCGGAACCUGAGAAAAACAGAUACAACUUCCUGGAUGAUUUUGACCAGGAUGACUUCCAGAUGCCGGACGUGCGGCUGGCGGCCACGGGCAUGGACUCGUGCCCGGCCAGCGACGAGGAGGACACGGAGGACGAGCUGGAGGCGGCCCGCCGGCUGGGCAGCGCCAGGCCCCGCUUCCUGCUGCCCAGCACCUCCAGACAGCUGGUCGGGGAGAGCCACCGCCCAAACUUCCGGCCCGGCCUGGAGGGGGGCAGCUCGGACGACGAGCCGCUCCCCGCCGCCGCCCGGAACGCCCCCGCCAACUCCGGCAUUGAGUUCAGACGCUCGGCUGAGGGCCAGGUGAUAAAUCCACCAAUCACAGGCGACGGCGGCGGGGGCGGAGACGGGAGCAGCGGGAGCGAGGAGGACGGAAACGACGGCGGCGUGUCCACCAUCCCCCUGCCCCCGGGCGGCGGCCAGGCCUACGACGGUCCGCGGGGCAGCGGCGCGGGCGGGGACCAGGACGGGCACGGGGUGCCCUCUCUCCCUGCGCCCAGCAGGGCCAGUGUCCCGGGACACAGCGAGAUGGGGGACCGCGUGGGCCCGGUGGGUACAGGAGAGGGCGGUUUCGUUGCCCCCGGCUUGGGGCCGCCCAGGCUGUCUCCUGUGAACUGGAGCAUGACUCUGGACCGGCAGGAGGCCUUGGAUGCCAUGGACAGCGCCGAGUCGGCGGCGGCGGCGGACGGGCCGCUGGACUCCCUCUACCUGUGGAACGGCGGCGGGCUCUGGCGGCCGCCGGACGCGCUGGGCUCCGCCCUCCUCCAGGGAACCCUCCAGAGCAGCUUCCACCUCUCCCAGGCGUUCCCGUCCCACAGCGCGAGCGCUGGCCAGGAGGAAGAGGAGGGGGCCCUGGGGCUCCGGGGCGGGCCCUGCGGCUACUCCACCGUCCCCGAGCCCUCGGACAGCAGCGGCGAGGGGGAGCCCCGGGCCGCCUCCCUCGAGGCCAAGUACCUGUCCCAGACCGGGCGGGGGGAGGAGGGGGACGACAUCUGGGACCGCCCCCCGGACAGCGCAAAGCUGGACUUCCAGCAAGGGGGCAACGUCGCUCAUAGUGUGGUCUACCAGAACGAGGAGGGCAAAUGGGUGACCGACCUGGCUUACUACUCCUCGUUCGAAAAGGAGGCGGAGGUGAAUUUCCCGAAAGAGGUGGCCAGCGAGUUCCAGUCGGAAGAGUUCGUUUCUGGCAUGGUCUGUCUUUUUACAGGUAACGCCAUUGAAAAGAUCAUUGAAGAUCAAGAGGAAUUUGAGAAGGAGAACCAGUUCAUACAGGAGGAGCAGAUGGCGGCCGAGAGCCCCGGUCUGGGUCUGGGGGACACCUCGUGGAGGCUCCCCAGCAGCAACCACAUCCUGAUGAGGGCGUCCCAGGUCUCCUCCGACUUCGAGCGGGGCAACCAGAGCUACCUGCGCCUGUCCCUGGGGGAGUUCUUCCUGCAGAGGUCCGAGGCCCUGGGCUGCCUGGGGGACAGCAUGGAGGACCGCGUGAAAAGGCCCUCUUUCGGCUAUGUCAUCACCUCCCCUGAGAAGAGGGAACCCUUUGCCCUCAUCCGGCCCUCAGACUUCUCCUCCAGGGGCAGCUCCGUGCACAGCGACACCCUCCUCAACAGCGACGCGGACGACACCAUGAACCGAGAGGAGCUGAACAAGACGGCGGAGAGGUCGUCUGAAAGGACGGAGCACAGAGAGGACGAGAAGCCCGCUGCCCCCGAGAAGGAAGAAGCAAAGGACCCCCGGGCCCUCGCCCCCGAGCCCCAGAGCGUCCCCGCCGGGAGCGGCGACUCCCCCAACAGCAGCAACGACCUGCUGCUGAGCAUCAGCACCAUCGCCACCGCCAUCGCCGACGCCUCGCUCAGCUCCGACCCCGCCCAGCUGGCCGCCAUGAUCAUGGAGCUGUCCAAGAAGAACCGCGACAAGGGCCGGCGCCCGGCCGCCGCCGACCGGAGCGCCCUGCUGGAGGCGCUGCAGAGGAGCGCCGCGUCGUCGGGGGCGGCGGGGGCGGUGCCCAGCGCCCUCGACAUGGAGAAGUACCUGCGCCGGGCCGAGACCUCGGGCAGCGACAGCGACUGCUCCGCCUCCCGCCACAGCUUCGACAUCCUGGGCUGGGCCGACGGGAGCUCCGCCGCGUCCACCCUGCGCGCGAGCCACGCCGCCACCGCCGCCGCCGCGGCGCCCCCUGCUGGGAAGGAGGACCCGGAAGCGCGGCGGAAAGAGAGGAAGAGCUCGGCGGCGGCCCCGCCUUCCAACGCGCGGCCCGGCGGGGGGGCCGGCAGGAAGCCCGAGGCGAGGCGCAGCUCCAUCCCGCGCCCCAAGGCCAGCUGCGGUCCCGCCGCGUCCGCCAACGGCAGCAGGAGGUCUGUCGGGGCGGGGCAGGCCCCCCACUCUGCUCAUUCUGCGCCAGCGAGUAAACCCGCGCCGGCUCAGAGCCGUCCAGAGCAGGGGGCCCCCGGCCCUGCCGUCUCAAACAGGGGCGGCUCCCAGGCACCGCCGGCCAGCGGGGGCGUGGCCCCCAGCCCCACCCCUGUCCCUGUCCCCACCCCCCGAUCGGUCGUGCCGGACGAACCCGCCUCCGUCCCCAGGACCUCCCCCCGUCCGCGGGACCUGCCCUCAGGACCGCCCCCCAGAAGCCCUGUUCCCAAUCCCUUCUGGCAAGGGAAUGAUGGGCGUGAGGGGGCGGGGCCCAGCACAGCCAAUCGAGAGCCGCCUGGCCACAGCGCUGUGGAAAAGCAUGUGGGCUUUACCCCAUAUAGCCACCUGCCUUCAGCUCAAAGCAAAGCCGUGGAGGGGGCGGGUUCUCCCUCAGAGCGUCCCCGUGCAGCAGUAGAGGAAUCCCACUGUGCCUUCAGACCGUCCACUUCCCCUCUCACGCAUUCGUCCCCAAGCCAGACUUCCUUCCCCAGUGCUGAUGGGACGGUGUCGUCCCCGGGCUCCCCCGGCGGCCCGGCGGACAGGCGCGGGUGCGAGACCCUCUCCCCCCAGUCGCACUGCUCCAGCCCCAGCCUGAGCCGGCUCACCUACAUCUCCCUGAACGACAGCACCGUCCUGCCCUCGCCCGACCGGGGCAAGGUGAGCGCCGCGGGCAACAGCAGCAUAGCCCUGAGCACCACCAUCGUGCGCUCCAGUCCCACGCCGCUGACGGAGCAGGAGCUGCCUCAGAGCCGACCCAACGCCCCGCUGGGUCAGCCCCUGGGCCUGGACCCGCGCCCCUCCCGCGGCCAGAGCCCGGACGGGCGGCCAGAGGCCCGGAGCCCGGGGUCCCGCUACGCCUCGGACCCGGACCCCCGGGACGGCCCCCCCCAGCGCCGCCCCGAGCCCGUCCCGCGCCGCCCCGCCCCGGGGGAUUCCGGCUACUCCGGCAACCUCAACUUCCUACAGCCGGGCCCCUCCAGCGAGCCGGGCCCCCCCUCGCUGUGGGCGGGCGCCCCCCCCGACAAGCGGGAGCCUCGUCAGGUGGCCGGGUUCGGGCUGCCCCCCUCCUACCCCGCGGAGGACCUGCGCUACGUCCCCGGCUUCAAGCCCCAGGGGGGGCCCCUGCUGGAGCCGCCGCCCACCGUCCCCUCCCUCCUGGCCGGCCGGCCCCUCUACAGCGGCCCGCUGGCGCAGCAGUACCUGGGCGGCGACGUCCCCCUGCACCCCUACGCCGUCGCCCCGGGCUACGCACACGGCGUGUGCCCCGCCCUUCCCCACGCCAACCCCCCCUCGGGACUGGCCCUCCAGCACGGCUACGUCGCCGCCUCCCAGCUGCACAGGGCCCACCUGCCCCCCCUGGAGCCCGGCCUGCUGGGCCCCGGCAAGCCCUACGGCCCCCUGGGCGCGCUGGGCGUGUGGAGCACCGCAGGCCUCGCCGACCUCAGCGCUCAAGUGGUGGUGCCGGACGAGCUCCGGUUCCCCGGCAGCUGCUGCGUGGGCAUCGCGUCCCAGACCUCGCUGAGCAUCUUCAACCCCACCGAGCGCUGGCUGCAGGUCGGCAUCGCCGUCAGCGGGCUGGCCAUCGACGGGGAGAAGGUGGAUUCGCUCCCCUACCAGUGGCUGAUGGUGAAGAACAAGACCAUCAUCGGGCCCAAAAGCACGGAGGAGCAGAAGGUGCUGCUGGUCCCGCCGCGGGCCGGGGUGUACCAGUGCACCCUCAGCGUGUCCUCCUGGCCCACCGCCGCCGAGGCGGAGGCCGCCGCCCGCGCCCAGGUCUUCGCCAAGCGCGUGGUGCUGGUCGCCAUGGCGGAGAACCCCUCCCUGGAGGUGGACGCCGGCGCGGCGGGGUGUCUGGAUUUCGGGGACCUCGCGGGCGGCUCCGCCCGGGCCCUCCCGCUGAAGCUCGUCAACAGGACCCGCGCCACGGUGCCCGUCCGCCUGGUGAUCAGCGCGAAUGCCACGGCCUGGCGCUGCUUCACCUUCUCCAAAAGCCCGGUUGCCGUGCCAACGGAAGCGAUGCUUCAGACCGGCAGCGUCGCCCCGCUGGCUGCCCCGUCUGUCAUGAACCACGUGAUGCACGCCAACUACGGGGACAACCCAGAAAGCUUCAUGCUGUGGGUCCACUUCCACGCGCCGCAGAAGUACGCCUCCGCCUCAGGAGCGCUGGGGCCGGCGGACGAGUACAGCGCGCGGGUGGACAUCGAGGUGGACAGCCCCGGGCCCAGUCAGGUGAUCCGGAGCGUGCAGCUGCGGGCCAGGUCCGGUACGGCGCGGGUUCACGCCCCCAAAGACAUGCAGGUGGUUCAGCUGGUCACGAUGUUGGGGAAAUCCACCAGUCAGACGCUCCCUCUGAAGAAUGCAGGCAACAUCGAUGUGCAGCUGAAGCUCAGGAGCAGCGGUGCCGACGACUGCUUCUCCGUGACGCCGGAGGAGCUCCUCCUGCGGGCCGGCGAGGAGCGGGGGGUCACGGUCAGCUUCGCCGCCACGGGAGCCCGAAAAUGCAGAGAGAGCAUGCUCACCAUCCUGGUGCUGCCGUCCGGGCCUCAGUACGAGGUCGUGCUGAAAGGAGAGGUCGCCCCCGACGAGUCGCCGCGGCGCCCGUUGCCAGGCAGGGCGGCCCACGCGGACGCGCCGCCCCCCGGCGAGGUGCCCCCCAUCCUCUCCAACAAGCAGUUCAUGGCGUGGGGCGGAGUCACCCUGGGCCGGGCCGUGCAGCAGAAGCUGGUCCUGAGGAACAACUCGCCCAGCUCCACCCAGCAGCUCCGCCUGCUGAUCCGGGGGCAGGACCAGGACUGCUUCCAGCUCCAGAGCACGUUCGGUCCAGAGGAGCGGCUAACGAGGCACAGGGAGCUGUCGAUCAGGCCCAAGGAGGACGUGGCCGUGCACCUCCUCUUCGCCCCGACCCGCGUGGCCUGCAUGCUCGCCAAACUGGAGAUCAAGCAGUCCGCCGUGCGGCCCUCCCAGCCGGGGGUGAAGUUCACUAUCCCCUUGUCGGGCUACGGGGGCACGAGCAACAUCAUCCUGGAGGAGGUGAAGAAGCUGUCGGACAGCUACGUGGUGACGCUGGGCGGCGUGGCGGCGGGGCGGGUCAGCAAGGCGUGCCUGUCCAUGCGCAACACGGGCUCGCGCGCGGCCUUCGUCAGGGCCGCCGCCUUCUCCGACGUGCAGGCCCGCGCCGUCGCCGACCCCGCCCUCAUCAGCCUGGCGCCCGCACAGUUCGUCCUCAAGGAGAGGACCCAGGAGGUCAUCACGGUGACGGUGAAGGCCACCCCCAGGGAGCAGGAGUUGUGUCAGUCUGGCGCCGCCCCCCUGGCCACAGUCUGCUUCUUCUGUGGGGAUGAGGUGUCGCGCCAGCAGUACAAAAGGUUUGUGCACAGCAACCCGGACGCGGGGCGGAAAGUGCUGUCCGAUAACAGCCUGCUGAAGAACGUCAACUUCCACCGGAGCUUCCUGGGCGAGGAGCAGGUGACGGAAGCGUACGACCUGCCGCUGAGGCCCAACGAGGCGCACCUGUUCUACGGCGGCAUGAGCAAGGUGGUGCUGUCCGUGCUGGGCAGCGCCGAGGGGUCCGACUCCGGCGAGAGCGACGGCAUGGAGACCCUGCGCCCGUCGGCGCGCCGCGGGUCAGAAUCGGACAGCGGGUUUGGGAACUCCGACCGCCACGUCAGCAACGUUUCUCUGGACGUGCUCCCGGUGAGGGGCCCCCAGGGGCCGCCCCUGGCCCUGAACGUGGCGGCCCCCGCGCUGAAGGGCCAGUCGGACCCUGCGGGGCCGCAGGGGGACUCCUGGAGCGUCCGGCCCGAGCAGCUGGUUCUGACGGCCCCUACCCUGAGCAGCACUACGGACACCAGGCACGUGCAGAUCCAGAACCACUCGUCCAGAGCGCUGAACUUUGAACUCUCCUGGCCCGCCCACUGCCUGACCAUCACCCCCCAGCACGGAGUCAUUGAACCAGAGAGCGACCUGCAGAUUCUGAUCAGCCCCAACCCGUCGCUGGCCACCAAGCUGUCUCUGCUGCCCUGGAGCGGGCAGAUCUAUGUGCAGUGCGACGGGCAGCAGAAGUUCAUCAAAGUGCAGAUCCGUCAGGACCUGGCUCUGGACGUCUCUGCCACCGCCUCAUUGGCCAAACCCCUCUCAAGCCUGCCCCCGCAGGCCGAGACUCCGCCCGCCCCCGGGUGCAGGACCCCCGGCGAAGCUUCCGCGCAGGUGGAGAUCAAGAACCGCACUCUGGUGUUCCCCGCCACAGCGUCCGGGGAGACUUCAGAGUCCGUCCUGGAGGUGGAGAACAAGGGAGAGGAAGUGAGGUGGUACCUCUCCUCCUUCGCCCCGCCGUACGUCAAGGGCGUGGACAGCAGCGGGGACGUGUACCGCGCCACUUACACGGCGUUCAGGUGCUCCCGGGUGUCGGGGACGCUGGGGGUUCAGGAGAAGAUGCAGAUACCCAUCACCUUCCUGCCCCGGGACAGAGGGGACUACGCCCAGUUCUGGGACCUGGAGUGUCACCCUUUGGCCGAGCCCCAGCACAAGAGCCGCAUUCGAUUCCAGCUCUGCGGGACGGGAGUGAAGGCUGGUGCACCGGUGCCUCCCCAGGAGAGGAACUGCUCCCUGGUGCGUACUGAAGCCACCGCGAAGGCCAGGAAGAGACCGGAGGCUCCUCCGGUCAAAACCAGCCAGGAGGAGGCGCCGCGGAGAGGGGUGUACGCGCCCCAGGACCUCUACACCUUUCCUCAGGUCCGUGCGGGCGAGUCCAGCACCCUGAAGGUCAACGUGCGCAACAACUCCUUUGACACCCACGAGCUGAAAUUCGUAAGCCCCAGGGAGCCCUUCUUCAUCAAGCAUUCCAAAUAUUCUUUAAGAUCACAACACUACAUCAACAUACCGGUCCAGUUCAAACCCGGAGCAGCGGGGAAGUUCAGCAGCUCGCUGCUCAUACAGGCCGACACCAGCGCCAGCCUGAGCAUUCGGCUGACUGGUGAAGCCCUGCCCUGAGACCCUUAACACGCGCGCGGAAGGGCCACCCUCACGUAUGGAGCCCCCCCUCCACGGAAAUGUGCGAUCGUCCAUUUCUCUUUUUUCUUACUUCACGGUUUCCCUCUGGAAUCCAGUGAUGUUCAAAGGCAGCUCCGUUUGUUUAAAAACAAAAAGAAAACGGCACGUUUGCACUGUGCAUUUGUACCGCACUCGAGUGCUCCAGUCAGGCUCCGCGCUGUCGUCGGACGCCCGUUUGACAUUUCAAAAUGCUAAUGGGCGUCGCCACUUGAUUUGCACUGCUUCGCAUUUGCAUAACCUUGAACCAAGCCACGGUGGUGCGGUGCGGGAAUGCAGCUGUAAAGUGUCUUUUCUCAUUUGUCAGAAUUGCAUUUGUAUAUAUAUAUUUAUAUAUAUUUAUCUUUUUCCUCCUCGCCCCUAAGAAAACCCAUAAAUUGCUUGAUAAAAUUGGUUUCUGAUUUUAAAAAAUUGCUCAGACAUUGUCAAAGGGCAUUCACGCAUGCGGUGAAGAUAGGGAAGACAAGAACAAGGCGGUCUUGUCAGCAGGGCGGAGGAAGCGUGACCUCCUUUUAAAGGACGGGGUGGUUCUGCGGCGUCCGCUGUAAGGCUGCCUUUGAGUCGGUUCAUUCGGAGCGACUCCUCGGAUCCGGAAGGCAGCGGGGUCUCGGGGCAAGGUCCCUGCUUUCAUCCACUCUCGCAGGUUUCUCUUCCGUCGGCCGCUCUCUGCCGCCGUGUCUGAAUGCCCGGCGACUCGGGGCGAGAGGCCUUCGCGAGGCCCGCCGCGGUUUCGCACAGCAACAUCUGGGGAAAAAACAUCCUUUGCGUUCCUUGGGUUAAUCGUCCCCUCUGCGUCCUUUCGGACGGCACUGAGGAGGCGCGCGAGCGAAGCCUUUAAAAGCAGUCGGAAAGCUUCGCUAAAAUGCCUUUCAGUUUCACGCGUUUCGAUUGGCCCGGUACAAACCGCUGGCCUGGGCGCCGUUUUCGAUUAGAACCCCGUUACCCCCCUUCCAAGCCCGUCUUACCAGCCCACGCGUACAGUUCUCUUCUGCUGGGUAAGAUCUCCAUGCCAACACUGAUUGCCCAAGCUGUGGUGCCACCAGGCUGGCGGGCUUCUGGGUGCCAUGUGUCUGCUCCUGGCACCUCACCAGCGGUCCAUCUGCCCAGAAGCCCUUAAUCCAGUCAGGAGACGGAGCCUCCGAAAUCAUUAGGAUGUUAAACGGUUGCGUGUUAAAGGCGGCCCGGUCUCCCAGAAGACGGGCCUGGAAAACGGGGUCUGCAGGACUGUUUGACCCAGACCGACUGGGACAGGUUAACCUUCAGCUCCGCGGGCCCUCUCCCUCGGACGGAACGCUCCGGAACUCCUCUCUCACCGCGCUUGGCUAAGGCGAGCCAGCCUGGCUCAACCGAGCAGUUUCAGGGAAAAUACCCAGGAUUCUCAGUCCACUGUUUAUGAAUGUAUUCAGAAAACAGUGAUUUAAAUAUUUAGUUUAAGUCCCUCCACCACCCCCCCCCCCCCCACACCCCCCUCAUUUGUUGGAUCCUUAAGAAUGGAGCGACCAUUUGAGUGUACAUUUUGUAAACACUUCCUUUCAUGAAAAAUGUAAUUUAUUUUUAGACUGGAUCAGAACUUUUGUAAUAAGGCCAUGUAAGUGUCACAGUGUUCCCAGAUGAACUGAGUUUUUUUUUUUUUGCUAGAAAAUUUUGCUAUGCCGUUCAGUAUAUAUUUUUAAAAAUUGCACAUGCCUUGUAAAUUCUAUUUCUUAGUGUCAAAAUGUAUUUAUUUUUAAACGAACCACUUGAUAAAAUAAAGAUCCGUGUGAAAUACA